AUGGAAACGAGGCCUGGAGAGAGAGAAUUCUCAAAUGGUGAUGUUUAUACUGGUCAACUCAAAGGAACGCUUCCUCAUGGGAAGGGAAAAUAUGCGUGGUCGGAUGGAAUUAUCUACGAGGGUGAUUGGGAAGAAGGGAAAAUAUCUGGGAAAGGAAAGCUGAUGUGGUCAUCUGGAGCUAAAUAUGAAGGGGAUUUCUCUGGAGGCUACCUUCAUGGCUAUGGCACCAUGACUUCUCCUGAUGGUUCUGUCUACAGUGGAGCCUGGAGGAUGAACGUACGGCACGGGCUAGGGAGGAAAGAGUAUUGCAACUCAGAUGCAUAUGAUGGCUCAUGGAAAGAAGGAUUACAAGAUGGCAGUGGUAGUUAUUUUUGGACCAAUGGAAAUAGGUUUAUUGGGAAUUGGAAAAAGGGUAAAAUGUCUGGGAGAGGGGUUAUGAGCUGGGCAAAUGGUGAUCUCUUUAACGGUUUUUGGUUGAAUGGUCUUAGACAUGGCUCUGGAGUUUAUAAGUAUGCCGAUGGCGGUUUUUAUUUUGGAACCUGGUCACGUGGACUAAAAGAUGGGACUGGAGUAUUUUAUCCUGCUGGAAGUAAACACCCAUCUCUAAAGAAGUGGUAUCGGUCUUUUGGUUACGAUGACACAGGAAAUUUUGUCCUCUCUCAUGAUUCAUCAAUAAAUCUUGACGACAUACGGACUUCAAAAGCUGUGUCACGAACUCUUUCUGAGAUAACCACUACUAGUGGACUGACGAGAAAUUCUGGUAGAAUGUCGGAGAGAUUUCUUGAUGAAAAUUGGAGCACAAAUGAUCCUCCAAGAGAUUUUAUGCAUCAUGGUCCCUCAUCCAAGUCUGUACGGUCUGUUGACUCUGGUCAAAGUGACAAGAACCCUAUCGUUUUUGAAAGGGAAUACAUGCAAGGAGUUUUGAUUAAAGAACGAAUUAUGAGUUCUAUUGACAUGUCACACAAGGCUAGACCUAUGGAUGGUCCUAAAGAAGUCACGAUUAGCGCUUGUGUGAGCUUUCUAGGGGGGAAAUGGAACUAUUAUCUAAUGCUUAAUCUUCAACUCGGUAUCAGGUAUACUGUUGGAAAAAUCACGCCAGUGCCUAGGCGGGAAGUUCGAGCUUCUGACUUUGGUAAAAGAGCCAGAAUCAUGAUGUUCUUUCCUAGAGACGGUUCCCAGUAUACGCCUCCACACAAGUCCAUUGAUUUCGCUUGGAAAGACUAUUGCCCUAUGGUUUUCAGGAAUUUGAGGGAGAUGUUCAAACUAGAUGCUGCAGACUACAUGAUGUCUAUCUGUGGUGAUGAUGGCUUGAGGGAAAUUUCGUCCCCUGGGAAAAGUGGCAGUAUCUUCUACCUUUCACACGACGACAGAUUUGUGAUAAAGACGUUAAAAAGAUCUGAGUUGAAGGUUCUACUCAGGAUGUUGCCUAGGUACUAUGAACAUGUAGGGGACCAUGAAAAUACGCUCAUAACGAAAUUUUUUGGAGUACACAGAUUAAAACUCAACUGGGGUAAAAAGGUACGCUUUGUGGUCAUGGGGAAUAUGUUUUGCACAGAAUUGAAGAUUCAUCGCCGAUAUGACCUUAAGGGCUCUACCCAAGGGAGAUUUACAGAAAAGAAGAAAAUCAGAGAAAAAACUACUAUGAAAGAUCUUGAUUUAGCGUAUGAAUUUCAUAUGGACAAGCUGCUGCGCGAGGCUCUCUUCAAGCAAAUUUAUUUAGACUGCUCGUUCUUGGAAUCUCUGCAAAUCAUUGAUUACAGUCUUCUGUUGGGAUUACAUUUUAGAGCUCCCGAUCAACUUAAUGAACUCCCGGAGCCUGCCAAUGCAAUGUCAGAUCAAGAAAGUGAUAGUGUUGGCUCUGUUGAAGUCAAUUUGCUUCGUGAACCCUCCACUCCUCCAAAAGGGAUAUUAUUGGUUACUCACGAACCCAGUUUCGUUAAUACCGCCCCGGGUCCUCACAUCAGAGGUAGCACACUACGAGCAUUCUCUGUUGGCGAGAAAGAAGUUGAUCUCAUUCUACCUGGAACUGCAAGGCUCCGGGUACAGUUAGGAGUGAACAUGCCUGCUCAAGCCCACCACAAACUCCGUCAAGACGAAGAGGAAUCAGGAACGGACGAACUCUUUGAAGUAUAUGAUGUGGUUGUGUACAUGGGCAUCAUCGACAUCCUGCAAGAGUACAACAUGAAAAAGAGGAUGGAAAUUACUUGCAAAUCUAUGCAGUAUGAUCCGAUGACAAUUUCAGCCAUCGAGCCUACGCUUUACUCUAAACGGUUCACUGAUUUCCUCCUUAAGGUAUUCCCAGAAAAAGCGUAG